UCUUUUGCUGAAACAAACUUCAAAGCUCUGCCUUUGGACAACCUGAUGUUGCCAUGGGCCGUCGCCUUUGACAACAGAUCAAGGACUGUUUUCUGGUCAGAUGCUGUACUUGACGCCAUCUUUAGAGCGAAUAUCGAUGGUACUGAUCAGAGGAUCAUAGUAGAUAAUUUAGGAUAUCCUGCUGGUCUGUCUAUCGACACAGUGAACGACAGAAUUUACUGGACAGACCGUGAACUUGAUGUGGUAGGAUCUUCAACCCUUAACGGCACUGACAGAACUGUAUUGGUCAAUAGUGGAUUAACGACGCCGGAAGGUAUCACAGUGUCCACGAGAAACAACCUUCUGUUUUGGGUUGAUCGGGGUGACAAUAACAAUCCUGGGACAAUUGAGCGUGUCAAUACCGCAGGUAGCCAACGCAUGACGAUCGUUUCGGGUGAGCUGGAUUAUCCAACUGCAGUUUCCCUCAACCACGAUGAGGAUCGUUUGUACUGGGCAGAUUUUGGGCCAGGACAUGUGGCGUCUGUAACUAUUAAUGGUAACGACCGUAGGGAACAUGUUACCAAGGUGCAAGGCUUCUCCUUCAUCAAACCUUACGGCCUCGCGCUCCUUGGAAGGGAAGAUAAGAUAUUCUACUCGGAUCAUACUCAGAAGGUCAUCUUAGAAAUCGACAAGUCGCGAAGAAGUGACCAAACAGAAAUAACGAUCCAAGGCAACGAAGGUCAAUUUCGGGAUCUGACGCAUAUCUUUAUUAGCGAAUUUUCGGAAGUCAUUUGUGAUCCAGAAUCCAAGUCUGCGGCACCCCAGCAACCGCCGUGUCCAUCAACCCCAGCUUCGAUGACAAAAAUGACGACCAUCGUUCAAGAUUCCACCACGACGAUCAUUGUGUCAGAGAACCCCAAUCACACGACGACAAUAGCCGGGUCCUCUACGAUGUCUACACCGAUCAACUCUACGACAGAUGGCAACCAGGAUCUACCACAACCGAUGUUUAUCCUCGUUAUCUCAGGAGGUUCAAUAAUUGGAGUUCUAAUCAUCACUUUGAUAAUAACUAUUGGAAUUAAAAUAGGUCGAGAUAGAUCUCCAUCGGUUGAAUCAACAAAGUCUUCUAAUGCCGCCCUUCCUGAUCGUCCACCCUCCUACCUCGAGCCAGAUCCAAUAAGAACGAACAUAAAUCAACCAUCACAUAUAUAUGACACACCAGAUGGCUCCGGACUAUACCAAAACACCACUGGUGUUGAUGGCGGCUUUAGUGAAACACCUGUGAUAGGAGAUUCCUCGGGAUAUACAGAGCCGUACCCUUAUGCAUAUUCGUACUUAGAUCGACCGGAAUCACGACAAACGGAGCCCCCUCCAACAUAUUUAAAUGGAGGUGUUUGGGUACCUGGGCAAAAUCGUCGUUGAUGAGUAACCUGUUAUCUUGAAGAAUUCUUCCCCUUGGAAUUAUUAGAUAUUUAACUAUUUCGAUUCUUAGCUAAUUGAUGAUAUUUUAGAUCAACAUUUUAUUUUAUUAGAUCAAUUCUAUGCUUAAUUUUUCAGUUUAUUGUUUUCAGGACCGUCUUUUUGUAGUUAUAUUGACGUAUACUUUUCAUUUGUUUCGUAUCAAUUUUUUUUUUUUUGGGGGGGUAAGUUUUGGUUUUUACAAGUAAUGUCGUUGUUUUCUCUGUUGGUGACUUCACAUAUUAUUGAUUGCAUAUUUACAGAUAUGAUAGCAUCUUUAUUUCAAUAGCGAUGAUUGCAGUGUUCAUAAUUGGCCUUCCUUGACUAUUUUUUUUAAUGAAUGCAUAUGAAAUGAAAUAAUAAUACAUAAUAUAAUUUUAUAUAAAUAAAAUACUAUAUCUCGUCUACGGCCAUUGGAAUCUGCAUCCUAAACAUAAAGCACUUUGUACAUGUCAUAUAUAUUCAAUCAAUUUUGAGUGUUGAAUAUAGCAUUGAAUACUGUAUUCAUUCAAUUUAUACAUGCAUCUCUUCAUAUUCAACCAAUUUUACUAUGUGUGUUUACUCUCUACCAGUGAUAUUGAGCUUUGUAAGAAAAUGCUAUUAUGUUUCCUUAUUUGUAUAAAUAAUGUAUAUUCAUGUAUAUAUAUUUUGAAACACCGACGUUUUAAUGUAUUAAAUCAUGUUGAAUGUAUAAAGACAUGAAUUGUUCAUUAUUUUGUACGAUACUGUUUAAAGUAUGAUAUAAUUUAUACUUGGGGAUAAACCUCGAUUAGCAUGUUGCUAUCGUAUUAUGUCCUAGUAGAAAAUGUUUGUAAAUAACUUUGUUAUAAUCAGUUAAAAAUUAUUAUGAUAAUGACUGCACGGAACACGCAGUAAGAUCUGGUAAUAAACUCAAUUUAAAUCAAAUCUAACUUUGUUUAUCAUGUUUAUUUUUAUUUCCUUUUUAAAAGUAUUACAAGCAAAGUCAGCUGGGUUGAAAGGCCAUCAUAAAUAACGAGGGGUAGAAUAAACAGUCAAGUAUGAUUAAAAAGAUGUUUUUGCAAUAUUUUAUUCAUACUUUACUGUUCUUA